AUGGAACUGCGGUAUGCCGUCGGCACCAUGACAGUUGUUAUGCGAUCGCUCGCUUGCAUAACAAUAGACAUCGCUACGAGGUACCAAACACAUUACGUGUAUCUGCUACACCCUUCAUACGAUCCAGGUGAUGUACUGAAUACUUACAAAUACUUUCUGAACGAAAUCAAUGCUAAAAUCUACAUGAAGACGUUGAUCAAAAGCAUGGAAGAUAUGGCACGUAUACCACAUACGCCCUUUCAGCAUCUGCAUGUCAUAUACACCAGCGAUAUAGACACACACGGUCUUCUUAUGAAGAUUUCGACCUCAAGCAAACUAUCGAACAGAAGAUGGCUCGUGUUCCUGGACUCGGAAACGACAGUGAAAGACUUCUUCGCCGACAUUCACUUACCGAUGGACUGCGAGUUUCUAGUCGCACAGCGCUGCCUUGACGAAGAUGUGGAAUUCUCGAUAACAGGCGUAUACCAUGUGCAUCCGACAGGAGCACUACAGAUGUACGCUUUAGGCAACUGGAGUUCUGGUAGAGGCCUAACUUGGAUCGACAUCCCAAUGCACCACCGAAGGCGAGAUCUCCAGGGAAUCAUCCUCAAAGGAGCUUUCAUUCCAGACGCUCCAUAUGUUAUCAGCAGAAAUAUCAGCGGAAGAAAACCGUACGACCUCUCCGGUUUCUCCUUAGUGUUCUGGAACUUACUGCAAGAACUGGCGAACUUCACAUUAGAAUAUCACAUCCCUGAAGACAAUUCCUACGGGUCUGAUGAGGGAAAUGUCUCUUGGAGUGGAAUUCUGGGAAUGGUAAUAAAGAAGGAAGUCGACGUUGGAAUCAACGUGUUCCAGUUGGCAAGUCACCGCAUGACGGCCGUCGGUUUCCUGCCUCCAAUCUUCAAUUCAAAAGUUUAUGUAUACAUCCGACAAACUGACCCGACAAAAAAGUCUCUCAUCCGGAUGUUGUCACCAUUCAGCACUGGGCUGUGGGGAGCCAUCCUUGUCACCAUUUCGCUGCUCCUGCUAACUCAGAGAGCAAUAUUCAACAUCGGCGUUCACUUCGAGCUCCAAGAAGAGACUGACUGUCAGCUCCUAGACGCCUGGCUCUACAUACUCGGAAUAUUCUGCCAACAAGGUCACAGGACUAUCCGCCUCUCAUGGUCCUCUCGUCUGGUGUAUCUAACAGCAUAUUUCAUUGCGCUUGUCCUGCUAGUCACGUAUUCUGCUACAUUCAUCUCUUCGCUGGCUGUGAGCAGGCAAGACUUGCCCUUCUCAACGUUUGAAGACAUCCUCAAGGACGGUACACUGAAGGUUGGGGUCAGAGGCAAGUCUUCACACGAAGACUAUUUUAAGAAGUCUUCAAAUCCAAUACUGAAAUCGGUGUACGAAAAGAUGAUAAAACCAAACACGGAAACGCAGCCCAAGAGUUUUGAGGAAGGGUUACAACGUGUCUGCAAAGAAAGUAAAGUUGGAUUUGUAGUUGCGCAGGCUACAUUCCGAGGACUCAUGCAGAAUGUACCAUGCACGAUUGUGGAAGUUCCUAAAGCCUAUUACACAACAACGGUUUCCUUCAUCAUCAAUGGAGAAAGCCCUUACAAGAGGCUCUUCGCAGGACUGAUUCAAGACAUGAGAAGGUCAGGGAUUUUGCGACGAAUAGACACAAAUUUCUGGACGCCCAAACUCGAGGAAACCCUACUGGAGCCACCGAAGGGCGUGACCUUUGAAACAGUGAUGGCAUACUUCGUGCUUCUAGCUUCAGGGAUUUUGAUCUGUAUACUGAUUCUAGUGGUGGAAAUGGGCUGUCGAAAGCGAUGAAUAUUUAUCCAAAAUAUGUCCUCUCCUACUUUUCUUAUUCCUUCUCUUCUUGUCUUCUUUCUUUUCAGUUCGC